AUGUUUUAUGUGGAAGUGUUCACACAACUCGCGGACUUGACGACUAUCAAACUGGGUUCCAUUGUCCGUGAUGAUGAUAUGUGGCACUCCGUAUUGGCAUAUGAUGGCCCUUCAAAUGAAGUGGCAUACCUUCUCACAGAUAUUGUUGCAACUGAUUGGAAAAGGACCAACCCAUCCCCCAUUUGUGGAAAGGCCAUGACUAUACAAUGGUGUGCAAGGGCUCUAGAGUUGCAAUGUGGUCGUCCGCAUGUAAUUGACAUUGAUGGCAUCGUCAUGUGUAUUAUGCACAAUCGCGACAUAUGGAUGGCCAAUAAUAUCAUGCAUGCAAAACCUUUAUGGCCAAAGAACAACCUCAAAUGUGGCUUCUUCUUGGUCCUUCGUGGAGUUUUGCCACAACUUCUAAGGCACGAGUCUUAG